GUUCGAGAAGGGAGAGGUGCCAUCGAGGGCGCGACUAACAAAGGACAAAAUGAGUUGCCUCGAGGUCGCGACCCAGCCUCGCGCCGCCCAGAAGUCCGCCCUGCUCGCCUUGCGCAGCCGUUUUGCCAGUCGCCCACAGCCCGCGCAGCGCUUCCGCCUUGCCCAGCAGUGUCCUUGGUGCUGCGAUAGACCUCGACGACAACUCCCACAGGCCCACGAGGCGUUGCCACGAGUCGAGAGAGGUCGGACGACGCGGUUUGCUGAUGAAGACGCGGCACGCUCUGCGCUGUCGAGGAGCGCUCGCGGCGGCGCGGGCACAGCUCGCAGCCGGUGCUGAGGUGUGCAGAUACUCGGGCGAGUCGCGAAUCGCCG